UUUCAGUGUGGUUUAUUUGGCUCUUUUCAAUACGCUGUGUGGGAGGGUGUUUCACUGUUUGCUUAUGAGACUCAUGCAUCCUGUUUGUUUAUACAGCAGCUUUCUUCAUUUGCCUCUGGGGAAGCCAGUACAGUUGGUGGUAUUGGGUUGGCUAGGGGUGGUGGUGGGGGAUUACCUGGCCAUUCACUAGCUGAUCCUGCUGUUUUGGGGCGUCAUGGGGGUGGUGGUCCAGAUCUAGCACCAAAUGGACGGGGUGUUAAUUAUGGUGGUCAGCUACCUGUAGAUGCUGUUUCCAGGCCUGGACCUGAGACGGUACCUCUACCUCCAGAUGCUUCUAGCACUUUGUAUGUUGAAGGUCUCCCUUCUGAUAGUACAAGAAGAGAAGUGGCUCAUAUCUUCCGCCCCUUUGUUGGGUAUAGAGAAGUGAGACUUGUGAGCAAAGAAUCCAAACAUCGGGGUGGAGACCCUUUAAUCCUUUGUUUUGUGGACUUUGCAAAUCCAGCUUGUGCAGCAACUGCUAUGAGUGCCUUGCAAGGUAUCAUUUACAAUUACCUUCUGAUAUAUAAGUAAAUUAUGUUUUGGUUUUGUAAAUUACAUGCCUGCAUCAUUUUAAAAUGAGAUGAAAUGUUGAUGAUUGCUAUGAAUUACAGAGCAUUCAGGCAGAAUUUAUUGUGCAAAUAGAAUCAGAUGUGAACAUUCUGCUCUAUUCUUGUUUGUUCCAGCCCCUAGCGAAACCAAAAUGUCAUCCACGCUUGGAUCUUAUGUUGUUCUGAUUUAUAUUUAAAAUGCCUUCUUCUUUUGUGGAACUGAAUUUGGACCUCAUUUCUUGUUAUGCUUAUAUCAAAACGCACUAAAGACAAUCCAUAUGUCAUAUUUUAUCCUAUUCUACGCACGUGUCAAACACUGCCUUUGCAUGUUUAAAUCUUUUGAACUAAUGGCUAUGGUUGGGACCAUGUUCCUAAUGAUAAAGCUGUUAGAAAAUCUAUAAAAUAUCUCAACAUUAUUGCAUGUUAGAAUAUUUUAUAAUUAUUUGAUUACCUCUUGGGAGUAGUUGCUAUCUUUCAUUAUUUUCUUUUGGUUAAGCUAUAGGAAGGAGGGAGACAUUGAGCUGAAACCUCAUGUUUUUUAGACAACAUAGAUGCUUAAUUUAUAUUGAAAAAAAUGGAAUCAACACAAUAAAUAGAGAUUUCGUAUCCUCUUAUCAUAUAUAUGGGAAUAAAUAAAACGUUCUUAAUAAUAAAUAUAUAAUCUAGAUACUUUUUGUGAGAUUUGCAUUAUAACACCCCCUAAAAGCUGAAGCAUUUAGGUCGCAUAUGUGCCCAACAUCUUGCAAAUAUAAACAAUCCUUGGUCUUCUUAAAGGAUUGUUAAAGGACUUGGUGAAUAUGUUAACCAACUAUUCACUAGAGUCGAAAACAAUCUAGUGAUGUCUCUUGGCUCCAAUUUUUCUCACAUGAAAUGACAAUCACCUCAAUAUGUUUGGUCCUCUCAUGAAAGACAAGAUUAGAGAGAGUUGAGAGAAGCUAAAAAGCCUUAUUUCACUUAGUAAAUCUGAUACAACUUACUAUUGCAUUUAUAGGAGACAGUAGUUCUGAAAAGUAAAAGGGUGGGAAGCCCCUAACAAAACCCUAAAAGUAAA